AUGUCAAAGAAGAAAAACGGUGAAGAUAACUCCGGAAAUAGUGAAAGUGAUUGGGAGAUAUUCGAUAUUUUGUGCGGUGGGGAAGAGACUAUGCCAAAGCACCAUCACUCGCCUGUACAUCACCAUCACCACCCGGAACCAUCAUGCAACGAUCACCUGGCGCACUCGAUAGAUUUGGCCACGACGCUUCGGAGCGAGCUGGCCGCUUCCACCUACAAACGGGACCGCCUCAUGGCCGAGCUGUCCGAUGCGAAAAGUUCCCUGUGCGCUAAAGAGAACGAAUGCGAGGCGUUGCGGGCACAAAGCGCCCGUCAAACGUCUCUGAUAAGUUCCUUGCAGCAGCGUCUUUCGGCUACUGAAACACGUGAGAAAACCCUGCACUCCCGCAGUGAAAGCAUCGUUGGUACGUUGAAUCGCGAUAAAAAGCACCUGGAGGAUAAAAUAAAAGAGUUAUGUGCAAAAACAAGGCGUCUAGAGUGUGACUUGACUAAAGAGGAAGCCAACCGGGAUCAGGCCAGAGCACAUCUGCAGGAUUUGGUGCGCAGGUUAUGCCUCUGUUUGGGAAUCGAUGUGUGUGAUGGGACUCAUCUGACACCAGAGUGUGUACUGAGCAAAGCGGCGGAAACGGUUGCCGAGCUACAACGUCUGCGAUCGAAGCUAGCAGGGGCCUGCGAACACCUAACCUCUACCGAAGCGGAACUCAUCACUACGAAAACAACAGCCUGUGCGGAAAAAACUCGACUGCAAACCCAAAUUGACGGUUUGCAGACGUUAUCCCAAGGGUUGGAAGCACGCUGUCGUCAAGCGGAGCGUGAUCUGCAGGUGACCCGUGAUCGACUGGCCGAGAGUGAGGUGAACGGUGAUAAACUUAGAGAGGAACUUAGAGGUUUCGAAUCGCGCAGUUGUAGACUGCAAAAUACUAACGACAGACUGCACACGGAGAGAUCGCAGUUCCUCAGGACGGUGGCUACUAUUGUAGGAGUCAAUGAACCCUGCGAAAAUAACAUCCGAGAUAAGGUGCGCGAAAUUACAAACCACAAUCAGUCACUUCAUGAUCAAGUGGCUCACCUCAAAGAACAACUUCAUCAGGAAGCGGCCCGUCACGGUGAGCAUCAAGAAAGUACAACAUGCCGGCUAAAAUCUGAAGAGCAACAUCGAAUAAGUGCCGAACAGCGAUUAGAAAAAGCUUGUCAUGAGUUACAGCAUCUUAGAGCCGAACAUACGACGUUAAGUGAAUACCUGGUACGACUUGCUCGUGCGCUAUGUUGGAGCGAAUGUACGGAACCUCCGGCUCCUGGAAGCGAUACCACAAUUCUAGGAGAAACAUUACUGGAAAGAGCAGAACGGUUGUCUAGUCACCACGAUCAUCAUGUUCACGGACUUUGUGAUAAGAAUUGCUGGGAAUUGGCUCACCAUCAUACGCACUCCCAUUCUCAUCAUCACCACAGCGGCCAACCGAAACUGAGACGGGAACGUUCCUGUACCGAUCUGCCAAUGAAAGAAAGCUCAGCACUGUACAAUUUGCAACGGCGGGUUCGUGUUCUUAGGGAACAGGUUCAACGGAGGGAUCUGCACCUGGAACUACUUCGGCGUAAAAUAGCACUUCUUGAAGACAAUGCCAGGGGGAAAGUCAUGCUACAAACCGAACGUGAUGAAGCUGUUCACAGAGCUCGUCGAAACUCCAAAAACGCCGAACGUACUUCGCAGCAGCUGUCCGAAGUAAAACAUCAACUGGCUGAGGUGAAAGCUCAACUUAACGAAGCUUCAGACUAUAAACUAACAGCCCUGGAACGAGCCCGGAAAUGUGAUGAAUUACAAGCACGACUCUGUGAGCUGGAGAAUGAGCGAGAACGACUGGUCAGUCAGCUCGCCGCCUACAAAUCCCGAGCCAGGUCAGCCGUUGAAAGCUCUCACGACCGAAGAGUUCGCGAUGAACACGCAAUUUCUCAUCUUCGUGAGGAACUCUCCCGGCUGAAAACACAACUGUCGGAUACGAGCCACCGUCUGUCGCAGUUACAAGCCUUCCGUACCUCAGUCGCAAAGCUGCUGCACAUGCAUGAGAGCCCCGAAUCCGAUUUACUGCACAAGUUGCAGUCUAUGUGCAGCGCACAUCACCAUUGUACCUGUUUGGGUCGUCAUUACGGGUCAACAUCCCCGGUGGGAACGACUGGAAGCGAUCAUCAUUGCUCCCGGUACGAUGAAGGACCAGCACCGGCGUCGUCUUCCGUCGGUUGUAGACCACUAAGUUCCAGCCCGGUACACACUCGGCGAUACAUUGAUUCAGGUUUCAAUGACCAUGAUCAUCAUUUCGAUGAUGAUUUUGAUUUCGGAAAGAAAUAUUGA